AUGAUAGGAAAGCCCUUCUGCAGAACUGCCCGGCCCCCCUCCCCACGUGACCCCGCCUCCCUGCCUCCCAUUGGCGGAGCCGGCCGCCCCCUCGAGCCGCCAGUCCUGACGAGCUCGGGCCGAAAGAGCCCCCGGCGGCCGCAUUCACCUCGCGGGCUGCUGGCGGGUCGGGAUGAUAACGCGGUAUCGGCCGGUGGCCCGGCGGCGACUGUCUCCGCCGACAGCGUGCGCUCGCUGCUCGGUAACAAUAUUUACAACCCGCCCGCACUGCGGCGGUGGGCUCUGUCGUGCGUGUCCGUGUCCGUGUCCGACCGUGUCAGAGUCGGCACGGUCGCCACCAGCACCACACGACACGACCCCCUUGAACUCGAGGUGGCGCGUCUCAAGGAGGGGGGGUUCUGCCCUGUCAUCAUCCACAAGUUCGACUACGUGUUUGCGGAGAACGGCACGGUCCAGUACAAGGAUGGGAAGCUCAUCUCCAAGCAGGCCAUUCAGAACCAGCUGGGGGAGGAGCUCCUACAGGACCUCAUUAACUUCUGCUUGCGCUACAUGGGGCUGCUCAAGCUGCCCAAGAAGAGACCGAUCUGCUCUUUGUCUCCCCCCCCCCCACAGAGAGAGAAGAUCAGGGAGAAGUUUGUGGCCACCCUGCAGAAGGAGUUUGCUGGGAAGGGGCUGCGUUUCACCAGGGGUGAGUCACCGAGGAAACCGCCGAGCGACAGCCGGUCGCGUGGAAAAUCACCACCGACCCCCCCCCCUCAACCUCGCUCUUCGCUCCACUUUCAGCUUUCUGGGUUUUGCAAGAGAAAGAGCAAAAUAUCGCAGCUCCAGAAGGAGCCGGGUGGUUCGGGGUUCGAGCUGGCACCGUGCCAGCUGUCCCCCUGUCUGAAACCCGCCUCUUCUCUUCCGCAGGGGGGCAACGAUUAUGAGAUUUUCAACGACCCGCGGACCAUCGGCUUCACCGUGUACUCCCCCACGGACACGGCGCGGCUCUGCAGGGAGCUGUUCUUCAGCACCCCCCCCGCCGCCCCCCCGGCUGGGACCGGCGUCGGGGGCCGCGAGGGAGCGUGGCGAUUUUACCACCCCCACGGGGAAACGUAAAACACGGACAGCUACCGGUAUUAAUAAUUAACAUAAUAUUAAUACACCCUGGGGCAGCAAAGGGAGCACUGGAGCUUUACCUGUCAGAAACUAAAAUGUAGAACUUACUCUGGGAAAACUGGGACCACAAGGGACCGUCUACAUUUUACCAGUCGAUGCGGGGGAAACCACAGGUCUUGUCCAUUUUUUUUUUGCGAAAAGACGAGGUGGAUUUUAUGAUGAAUUAUUUUAAUUUUAUCUGUCCAGCGGAGACCAUGACUGAGGGCCUGAGUUUCAGUGCCCAGAUCUUCCUGACGUCCCACCUCGUGGUACGUCCUGUGUCUUGUGUGUCAGAGUGUAAGGUCUCAUGGGAUGUCUUAUGUAUCACAGUGUCCCCUUGUAAGGUCUCUUGGGAUGUCCUGUAUGUCACGGUGUCCUCCGUCUUGUGGGAUGUCCUGGGUGGCAGCGUUUUGCACUGGAUUGUCUGGAAUAGCAGUGAGGUGA